UAUUUAAUUUUAAACCAAGGGUAUUAAGGAUAUUUUAUCCUUUAACGAAUGUCAUUUUUGUGACUUUCUCCUUCUAGUGCUAUUUUUGAGACAUAAACUUCAAAAUGUGCUAUUAUUGACAAUUGCCCAAGAAAUUCUUAAAUAUAUUAAUCCGCACAACUAGUAAUCAUAUAAAAUAUUUUCGAUGAUGCCUAUCCAAGGCCCAACGUCGGGUUGACUGCUUUUUUUUUCCUGAACCAACAAGAACAAGGUUUGAUCUAUUUUUACUAUAUAAAUACCAGCUUAGAACGAAAACUUUAGCAAUAUUGACAAUAUAGCAAACAAGAGAAGUAGAUAUUGAGCAAAAACCCUAAAUAACCAAACUAAGAAACUCUCUUAAUUUCUUUCCAAAGUUUUCUCUCGUCCGAAUGACAACGGAGACUGAGAGUUCGCACUUGACACAGUCGUCGUCGUCAUCAUCAUCAUCAUCAUCUUUACCUCCUCCGCAAACUCAAAAUCCAGUCGAUCAUCUGAAAUCCAACGAUUCAUCAACACAAGGUCUUCAAAACGAGGGAAUGAAUGAUAAAGGAUUUCAGAUUUCGCUUUCUGAUGACUUUUACAGUUGCGUUGUUUUCAACAUAACUAAACUUAAGAAAAUACUACUCAGCUGCUUUAACCUAUACGAACCCGAUAAUAUAGCAAGAGAAGCCAACGAAGAGCUGAGCAAACCACAAGCCACGAUAGAGCCUAACCAUGUUUACCAAUCUAUCCCUUGUGGUGAACAAAUUCAAAGUUUAUCUUCCACUUUUCCGCCUCAGCAGACUGAUGGAGGAUUCGAGGCAUUGAGUAAGAACUUCAAGCAGUGCGAGAUAUGGAAUGGUCCUCAAGGAAACAACAAUCAAGAAGAUCAAAUUGUUAAUACUAUUGAAGGAUCUGCUUACGUGAUCCCCCGCAAGCCCUUUGAUCCUAUCGGAAGACCUUUCAAUCCGUUUGGCCCUAUCGAGCGACCCAUCCCACGUUUGCCCUCUAGUUCUGAACUAGCAGAUUUGGGAUUUGCGUAAAAUACAAGUUUCAAGAACAUAUCACUGACAAGUUCAUGUGUUUUCUUUCUCUCAUGACCUUAUAUUUUGUUUCUAGGGUUUUCUACAGAAUGCUGUUUCUAUUUUUGCCAUCUAUAGAAAAUACUAAAAAUUAUUCAAGAA